GGCACCCUCGCGGCAUGAGCUGGAACUGGGCGGAAGAUUCCUACCUCCUCAAUCACACCAUGGCUUCGCAACCGUACUUAACCAAGUCAUACUAUCUCGCCUCGCCUAUAAAGACAUCGUGACUGCUCACCUUACAUGUCAACCAAACCACUCUGAGAAAGCUCUUGCACGACAGCAGACGCAGUGUUUCCAAACCACAACCAUCUCUCGGAAAGCCUUUCAGACUAUUCACCAUGGCACAGACCAAGCUCACCUCGAGGCUGUCGUCCAUCUUCUUCCUCAUAACGUGGACGGUGGGAGUCAUCGCUAUCGUGCUCCCCCCGAAGCUCCCCGUGUCCAAGAGUCUCGCCCCGUCUAUUCUAUGCGACGAGGUCACAAUUCUCGGAGGCAUCGGCGCUAACUCAGACGGCAAAAGAUGUAUUGGCCCCGGCUGCCCAAUCGCUUGCAUCAAGCCAGUUUCGGGGCCAGGGAAAGGGCAAGACUCCGAUGAGGAAGUAUCCGACGGUCUAGACUCCGAGGACACGGAAGACAACAGCGAGCAAAGCAGGGAGAAAGGUUCGGAGUCAGAUGCAGCCCUCUCCGACGACAAAGAAUCCGGCGGCGAUGGAUCCGACGGCAUGAAAUCCAGCAGCAAAGGUGCUACAAAGAAGCAACCUGCUGAUACGCGAUUGACAAGAAAGCGCUUCGAUGACCAACAGGGCAACGGGAAGGCUUUCGGGCGGAAGGGUCAUGGCAAAGGUUUGGAUAAAGAUUCCGACAAGGGCUUUUCCAAGGAAGAGGAGGACACUGGCAAGAAGUAUGGAGAAGAGUUCGGUGAAGAGGGCGAGAGAUAUGGCAAGAAGAAGGGCGAGACGGGCCAGGAAUACGGCGAGAAGGACGGCAAAGAGAAUAAGAACAGUGGCAAGGAAUACAGUACGGAAGGCGGAAAAGAGGAUGGCUCGAAAGAUGAUAACGAAGAUGGCGCCACUAGCACGAAGUACGGAAAAGGCUCUGGCGAGGAGGAUGGCAAUACUGGAGAGAAGGACAGAAUCGAGGACGGCUCGACGGAUGACAAGAAGGAAAGCGAGGACGCUGAUGGCAACGAUGGUGAGAGUGACAAAACGGGCUCUGGUGAGAACGGUGGCGCGCAAUGGGGUAGCAAGAAAGGAGGCAAGCUAGGGAACAAGGAAGGCUUGGAGCAGUCCAGUGAAGAUGAUCAUGAAUCCAACAACACCGGAUCCACCAGCAAGGGAUCUGAGGGUAAGGGAUCCCAGGGAAAAGGGUCCAAGUCCAAGUCAUCUCAGACUGAGAGCGCUGGCAAUGAGCUUUCUGACGAGAAUGCGGCCGAUUCAUCGUCAAAGUGAGAUUUACCACGGACCACGACGAUUCGGGCGAGCUUUUCAAAGUGGCCGGGCUGAUAGAGCCAGCCAAAGAUAGUAGAAGUCAAUUUGCAAUGGAAGAUCCUGGCUUACUGUUACGUCUCCCAAAAAUCUGCAAGUUGUAGGCACCGGCUCGACAUCUUUUCAGC